GGUAAUAGCAGUGUGGAGGCAGGGGACGGUGAAGGGGACGGCGGAGUAGAGGUGGGGAAUUCCAGCAAUUCCACGGUGAGAUGAGAAUGCGAAGCAGGGUGAUUUUCUUCCAUGGAUUCGGUCGCGUGAGGUUUUGUUUGCCCAGGGAAGUCUGGAUAAAAAAAUCGCGACUCGUGGUAUUUGUACUGUACUAGUACCGGUAGUGUACACUUCUUCAGAGCCCCGACCAGCUGAGGCCGAAAAACC